AUGAGCCUCCGAAUGCCACUCGAAGUUCAGAAACUGCUGGUUGUUACGCCACUUACAGAUGAUGCUCUUCUGGACGAUGCUGAUACCACACAGCUGCAUGAGGCUUUGGAGGAAAGAAAGCGUUGGCUGAUCCUCGGAUGGAGCUGUGGCUUACUUGUUACGAAAACUCUUACCCAACUGCGUGUUCUGCAGGCGCUUGACAUGAAAAAGAAAAUGCUUGGGUGA